AUGUGCACAGGAUGGCGUGAGGAGAGAUGUACCAGUGUCAGUGGAGGGAGAGGUAAAGGACUGGAUCUUCAUUCAUGGCUAUGUGUGUCGCUUUUGUUCUCGGCUCUGUGGGGUCAAGCGUCCCUGCAGUGCCCAGACAGCUGCCACUGUGCCUGGGACACGGCCACGGUACUGUGCUCAGAUGCCGGGCUGCGGGAGAUCCCAGAGGGAAUCCCGCCGGAAACUGUCUCCCUCCACCUGGAACGCAACUACAUCCGGAACAUCCCAGAGAGUGCCUUCAGUGAUCUGGUCCACCUGCGGGAUCUCUACCUGUCCCACAAUCGCAUCGACUCUCUCGCCUCGGGGGCCCUGCGGCAUUUGGGCCCCGAGCUGCGCUUGCUGGACUUGUCACACAACCAGCUGAGGCAAGCCAACAGGGAGGAGUUUGGCUCCACCCGGGCAAAGACGCGCCUCUACCACAAUCCCUGGCACUGUGAUUGUGCCCUGCAGGAGCUGAUGGAGACUCUGAACCUGGAGCCCGAGACGGUGAACGGGAUCAUCUGCGAGAGCUCAGUGCGGGGGGUGGGCGAGGGGAGCAGGUGGGAGGACCCAGGGUCGCAGGGCGAGCACGCAGGCCAGCCACUGGUUAAACUGUUGGAUUCUGGGGUGAACUUCUGCAGCCUGCAGAGGAAGACCACUGAUGUCGCCAUGCUGGUGACCAUGUUCGUGUGGUUCUUCAUGGUCAUUGUGUAUGUAGUGUACUACGUGAGGCAGAACCAAGCUGAGGCUCGCAGGCAUUUGGAAUACCUGAAGAGUUUACCAAGCCCACGCAAGACCCCGGCUGAAACAGACACUCUGAGUACUGGUUUCUGA